CCUGAAAGCAUGUUCUUCUUCUUCUUCUCUGCCCUGCUGAUGGCCUCAUGGACCUUUGGCCCGCACGUUACUGACUCCGCAUUUUCCAUGUGCCAGAAUUUGGAUCUUGAAGCUGCGCGGGCCAGAAGGGUUGCGGCCAUCCGGGGCCAGAUUCUCAGCAAGCUGCAGCUGGAGGCGCCCCCCAAGGAAGAAAGGGUCCCCCAUCCGUUGCCCCCCGAAGUGAUGCUCCUUUACAACAGCACGCGGGAGCCGGUGAGGCAGCUGGCCGCCUGCGAGAGACGACGCGCGGCUCUGCGCGAAGACGAGGAAUAUUACGCCAAAGAAAUCUGGAGGGUGGAGAUGUUGACGUCCGGGCAUGCUGACAAUUCCAUCCCCGGCCCCUUGUCCACUCCCUUCUUCCGAUUCCUGCACUUCGGGGUCUCUGCUGCGCACCCCAACUUCAGCAACCUCAUCCAGGCUGAGCUGAGGAUCUACAAGGUCCCGAAUCCUGGAUCCCACGCCACCGAGCAGCAUGUGGAACUCUCUCAGGUGAGACCAACAAGGGAGCCUUCUGCCCAGACCCAGCGUUACUUGGGAAGCCGAAUUUUACUGCCCAAGCAUCGGGCCGAAUGGGUGUCGUUUGAUGUCACCGACAGCGUCCGUCGGUGGCUGAGGAGCAGAGGCAAGAAGCUCAGCUUCAAACUCGAACUGCAUUGUUCCUGUUGCGGUUCCAUCCCGGCCUGGAAUACAGUUAACUCCCAGCACACUGAGCCUCUGGAAACUCUCUUUGCAGGUCUGGAUGACAACCUCAUCAAGGAAGCGUGGAAAGGCUUCACACACAAAGCCCCACACCUGAUCCUCUCCUUGCUGCCCCCAAACCAGCUGGACCCUACCCCGAAGGGUCGGCAUCGCCGGGCGGCUAACACCCCCAGCUGCCCCAGGAAUUCGGAUAAAGAUUGCUGCCUUCACCCGCUAUAUAUAGAUUUUCGGAAGGAUCUGAAGUGGAAGUGGAUCCAUCAGCCCAAAGGAUACAAAGCAAAUUUCUGCGCUGGCAGCUGCCAAUAUAGCCAAACCACCAAUAUGCGCCAUAACAUGGUGCUUCCCCUAUACAGUAAACUGAACCCCGAAGGCUCGGCUGCUCCUUGUUGCGUGGCCCGCAAAUUGGAACCUUUGACCAUCCUGUAUUACGUCGGCCGCCAGCCCAAAGUCCAGCAGCUGAGCAACAUGGUUGUGAAAUCCUGUCGUUGCCGUUAAAAUGGGUGUGAAUGAGUGUGAUGGGCAAGGAGCCCCCUUUCCACUUUCAUCGGGGGGAGAAAAAAAAAUUCAUCAGACAAGAAUCCCCGUUUUUCCCAGCUUUUAAAAUCAGGAGAACUUUUCCGGCGCGUGCAGCGAAGGAGACCCCAAGAGGCUAGUCCUCAUCAAAUGAUCAGAGAUGUAUUUUUUUUUCCUGGCUUUAUGGCACGGAAGAGGCAAACCUGUGAGAGGGAUCUUGGAGUCCUAGUGGAUAACCAUUUAGAUAUGAGCCAGCCGUGUGCAGCAGCUCCUAAAAAAGCCAACACAGUUCUGGGCUGCAUAAACAGAGGGAUAGAAUCAAGAUCACGUGAAGUGUUAGUGCCACUUUAUAAUGCCUUGGUAAGACCACACUUGGAAUAUUGCAUCCAGUUUUGGUCGCCACGAUGUAAAAAAGAUGUUGAGACUCUAGAAAGAGUGCAGAGAAGAGCAACAAAGAUGAUUAGGGGACUGGAGGCUAAAACAUAUGAAGAACGGUUGCAGGAACUGGGUAUGUCUAGUUUAAUAAAAAGAAGGACUAGGGGAGACAUGAUAGCAGUGUUCCAAUAUCUCAGGGGUUGCCACAAAGAAGAGGGAGUCAGGCUGUUCUCCAAAGCACCUGAGGGUAGAACAAGAAGCAAUGGGUGGAAACUGAUCAAAGAAAGAAGCAACUUAGAACUAAGGAGAAAUUUCCUGACAGUUAGAACAAUUAAUAAGUGGAACGACUUGCCUGCAGAAGUUGUGAAUGCUCCAACACUGGAAAUUUUUAAGAAAAUGUUGGAUAACCAUAGGACUGAGAUGGUGUAGGGUUUCCUGCCUGGGCAGGGGGUUGGACUAGAAGGCCUCCAAGGUCCCUUCCAACUCUGUUGUUAUAUAUUAUAUAUUAUAUUAUAUAUUACCUUGGCACAUGGAUUCUGGGCCUGUUUUGCCCCCCCCCCAGCCCCCCAAGGACUUUCUUAAAAGUGAUCUAGGUCUGAAUUGGUGCCUCAGAAAUGCAGAGCCUUAAAAACGCGGAGAAAAUCUCAGGCGUUUUUUUGAGGCUCGGCCGGGUCGAAAGAGAACCAGCGGAAGGAUGAAUAAAGUUGCAAAGAAGCUACGGUGCAUUGCCAGGAACAGCCAUGCCAGGCCGUGCCCACGUGGUUUGAUUGGCAGUGUGCGUGUAGAAAGAGGAAGGGGUCUGUGUGUGUGUUUCAGACGGGCGUUAGGGAAUAGCAAGGAAAAAGGGAAAGACAAAGGAGAAUAUUUGUAGCUCAGGGUUGAAAUGAAGGGGGUCCUUCGUAUUCUCUGAGCUGGGUUGUUUUCUUGUAGACGUUUCAAGACCCAACUAGGUAACAUCAUCAAUACUAGA